AUCACAAGGAUUUAUAAUUACUUAUCACAGGAACAAUCAAGCAAGCCAGGACAAAUUUGGUAACCAUAGGAAUGGCAUACCCCAUGGUACUGUGAAGAAGUGAUGGCACUGGAAAUAGCCGCAUGACAAUAAACAACUGGUCGCAUGACAAUAAACAACUGGUCGCUUACAACGAUACAUCGACGACAGAGGUGGCAUAGCAUGUGAUCCUAACACCUUGUCUGUGAUUAGACACUAAGAUACAGGCAGCAGUCUUGGGUUGACAAACCCUUGCUAGUGUAACAGUCGGUUCAGCGAGAUGCUAGUGGAACACGGGGCUACUGGUACAGUGUAAUGUUGAUGGUAAAGUAACACAAUGUGUACCCACUAACCAAUAUGGUUGCUCUGUGGUAUCUGUUCCCUCAGCAAUGGCUGCCCGGUGUUCCCAAAUACUUUACCAAUGGUGGACCAACGAUUUUUUCUCUCUAACCAAUAAAGCUGCCCUGGGGUGUUACAUACAGACGAUAUCAAUUGAGCCGGCAAAUCUCCUAUUUGUUACUCACAAACUGUGAAUCGUACAAGUUAACAGCCCAGCCACUUGCGUUAUCUUCAAAACUGAUAGUGGUAGGCAAGUUAACAGCCCUGCCACUUGUGUUAUCUACAAAACUGAUAGUGGUAGGCAAGUUAACAGCCCGCCUUGUAUGUGUUAUCUACAAAACGGACCUGAGAAAUGUAAAACUUACGAUGAUGUACUAUCUAAUAUGAUGAAACAAGUGACUUUUGAAAGUCCUCAUUGAAGAUGAAUAUGACAAGGUGUGUGUGUAGUACAUGUAUGAAGAUAUAGGUCACACCACCAAAAUAACAACUAAUCGAUUAGUGAACAUUUACGUUUUAUCUGUGAUAUAUGUAUGUCACCGGUGAUUUCUAUGAAACUGUUGAUAAAUCAGUCGUGAUAAAUUGGAUGUCAACCUUGAUCGGAAUGGAUGUAACUUAUUUUGUGAUAUCGUAACUUAUUUGAGUGACACUCAUUUUCUGUGCUAAAGGAAUUUAUGGACUUUUCUGUGGGGUUGCCGAUAGGAACCUAGUAUCUGUGAUUGAAUGUUAAUCGUGAUGGAAUUUUUAAAGAAUACAACGAAAUCGCCACGAGACUCGUUGAUCUUACCGCUAGAUCAGGUAUCGAGUGUGUAUGAACAUUACAACCAGUACAGUACGCUGGCCAACUCCACGGGUGGAGACGACAUGUUUGGGAUGGAACACCUUCGUGCCAACCUUUGCAUGUCAAACUCCACUCGAUGGAAACUGGCCGACCCUGUAUGUUCACUAAACUUCACUUCCUUCUGGGUGUUGGUAUUUGUGGCAAUACUGUUAGGAGUUAUCACCCUUUGGACCAUAUUCGGAAAUUUCCUAGUGUGUUUUGCAUUGUACAAGUUUCCAAAUCUACGAUCUAUGUCCAACUGUUUGAUUGGAAACUUGGCAAUGAGUGAUUCACUGCUGGCCUUAACGGUAUUACCAAUCUCGACAGGAAAUGACCUGCUGGGGUACUGGAUAUUUGGGGAUGUGAUGUGCCGCGUAUGGCUGUGUAUAGACGUACUUUACUGCACUGCCUCUAUAUGGGGGCUAGUUACUAUUGCUGUGGAUCGCUAUACUGCUACUGUAUAUCCUGUGUGGUAUUUUGAACGCCGAUCCCCAAUGCGAGCUCUAGCUUAUAUUAUAUUCGUUUGGCUAUUCUCCAUUGUUGUGUCCCUUGCCCCUUUUAUUGGAUGGAGAGAAAUGAUCCCCGAGUUAUACCAGUAUAACAACCUGCUGAGUCGCUAUGAAUGUGUGUUAUUCCAGACGGAAGGCUACGUGGUCUACUCUGCCAUGUGUUCAUUUGUGAUUCCAAUUGUUCUAAUGUCCUUCUUGUACGUCAGAAUAUUCAUUGUGCUGAAAAAACGUAUGAAACAUCUGAAACCAAAACGAAACCUUUCGCUUCAUAUGGAAAGUGAUAUGGAGAGUGGAGUUAUGCCAGAAAGUAAUAGUCGCAUGGAGUUACAUUCCGGAGAUUUUACACAAAUGAAAGAUCAGGCCACACAAAUAAGUCCACUGCUUGCAAAGUCAUCAGGAAACUUUCUACUGGAACCAAAACCAUCCUUUUAUUUAAAUCAAAAGACGUCAUCGUCACAAGAAAUGAGUAUAUCUACCGAUAGCGCAAAACCUCAAAACGAUGACAAUAAAACAAAAAUUUACCAGAAACCAAACACCGACUACGGAAUCAAUGACAAAGGCAAGCAUAACAACAAAACUGACAGUAAAUCAGAAUUUAAACAUCUACCACAAACAAAUUGGGCCAAGGACACCAUCUGUCCACCCAAAAUCAGCAUCAUACGGACCCCGAGCUGCCAGGAGUCAUUUGUGGAUGACGAAAAUGAUGAAUCUACCAGUAACUCUGAUAACCUUAUACACUGUUUACCCAAAAUGGAAAAGAAAAAUGGACACUGUCAUCGAGACAAAGAAAAUAAAACAGAUGAAAACAAUUCUAAUAACUCUCAUCGCUCCAGUUCUAAGAAGCGUGCCAAAAGAAGCUCAAACGCACGAAUAAAAAAACAUAAGAACUCUUUUACAAGGAGAAAUGGAAAACUUAACAGUAUAAAGACUAAAUACGAGUUACGAGAACAAAGGGCAACGAAGCGUAUGGCCAUUGUGAUGGCCUGUUUUACUGUGUGCUGGAUACCGUUUUUGUUCAUGUAUACUAUUAGAAGUUUCUGUGCCUCGUGUGAUUUAAAUGUGCACAUACAGGCAGCCAUCAUCUGGCUGGGAUAUGCCAACUCCGCGCUUAAUCCCAUACUUUAUACACUAUUUAACGAUGAUUUCAGAAAGGCUUUUAAAACAAUCCUUCAUUUGGGAAAACAAAAAAAGAAAUCGAAGAAACUCUCAAAGGUACAGGAGCAAACUUGAAUGUGUCUAUAGGUGUUGCUUUGUCUAACUCUUCCAAUUUCUUCCUGUUACUCUAGCCCAUAAUAGUCUUAGGUAGGUUACAUCAGCCAGUAUUCUUCCUGUUACU